UGUUUGUGUCUGAUUACAGGAAAUACUUUAGCCAAGAGGUAUAAAGCCUUCUGCAGUGAGUCAUUCUUCACACUCGCCCUGCCGACCGGUACAAGUCAGGUAGAGAGCAGGUCCCGAGGCUUCUUACAUUAAUUGCCGGCCAUGGAGGUUCAGAAAGGACUGUUCCUGUUGGCUGCAGCCUUGAUUACCACGGCAACCGCAGCCAACUCCAUUGUGAAUGUGACCGACCUCUCCAUUUCUGCGGACAAUCCAGUGGUGCAGGCGGGGGCUUCAGGAGCAAGUGUGGUCGAUGCUGUCGUCAAUCUCAUUUACCACUCGUGCAUCUUUCCGGAGGACUACCUGUUCCUGAGACGACUUGCCUACGUGGAAACACGGGACGGGACCAUCCCUUACACCUAUGACCCCAACUAUUACUAUGCCGGCAUAUGGAGGGUGUCACAACCGAUGUUCCAAAGCACCCAACGGUUCCCAGUCUCCGCGGCAUUGCAGGCAAAGUACAGGCAGAUAGAAGACGCCUUCGGAAUCGCCUGGCAGAAUGUUCAGUGGCAUGACCUGCAGAAGCCUCUGUACUCCGCUCUGGCGGCCAUGUUAUACAUCACCUUCGCGGAACGACCAGUCCCAUCAACAUCCGAAGAGCAAGGAACCUUUCGGCAAGAUCUCUAUCGGUUAUCCGGAUCUGCAACGAACUUCACGCGUUCAGUUGAAUUUUGGAACGGAGCUUGCAGUGGGACACAGCAGGCAGACGUCGUCUUCGUCCUCGACAGCGCCACUUCCAACGAGAACUUCAAACGCAUGUUGGAAUACGUGUCGUCUGUCGUGGACGGGCUGACUCUGGACAGUCAGCUGAUCCGGGUAUCUCUGUAUCAGUUUGGAGCAGGAAAUCUUCGCAACGAAUUCCGGCUGACCUCGUUUAAUCAAGUGAAAUCCGAUAUUUUGGCGGCCAUCAAGAGUGCAUCUCAAAUGUCUGGAGCGACUGCAGGUACCUCGGACACUGGUUUUUUUCUGCGAAGUGCUUUGGCCGAUGCCUUCAAAAGCACUGGACGUGCCAACGCUGCCAGGAUCCUCAUCUUGGUGACCGACAACCAGCCAUCCAACACGGCUUCCAUGCAGGAGGCGAGGAACAUGGCUGUAGCUGAAGGGGUGUCUGUGUUCACUGUCGGGGUAGGCACUGGUGCUGUCUUAAAUUCCCUUGCCACAGUUGCUACUGAGCCGGCGUGCGACCAUCAGCUCAGGGUGGAUCAGUUCCAGCACUUGAAAGACAUCGUACAGGAGACGCAGUUCAAAAUAUGCAAAGAGCCUAUGAUGGCGCUGGGGAUGAUCCGCUGUCGUCUGGACCAAUGUCGCAACGUAGCUUUUCCUAUGAUGUCCCAACAGAUGACGAUCAGAGCCAACACCACCUGCAGCAGCGGUAACAUCUACGUCUCCCCUCGCACCCCCAGGCCCGACCAGUACUUCCGGGACGUCGCGGACAGAAUUCUGACCACAUCCGCUGACGUGGCUUCCGUGUCCAUCAUCGCCAACUCGCCCUACCUCUACGUCACGUUCCUGGAGGCCACGUCCAGCACUUCCAACUGUUUUGCAUUAAUCGAAGCCGUCAACGGCAUUCCAACUACCACCCAAACCCCGUGUACAACGGACUAUCCAUACCCGACUACGAACCCUUGCCUCACGGUGGGUAGAACAGUGGACCGCUUUCCCUACCCAUACAGCACCAGCCUCUUCAUACAAUGCGACUUGCAGAACGGGAUGUACAUCACCCACUGCCCACCUGAUCGACCUUUCUUCAGCCAAGACUGCAGAUACUGUGUGGGAGCGAACAGCCCGAUCUUGUCCGGGUGCGGCACACCGGUGACCACUGGCUACUGCGGUCUUCCCGUCAACCCCUGCACGGUGGAGAACCUGAGAAACAACCGUUUCUUCUUCGCGUGCCCCACCAACGAUCGCGAGUACCUGCAGUGCGACAUGUGGGGCGGGGUAUUCGUCCAAUCCUGCCCCAUUAAUGAGGUGUGGCGAGAGAGCGCUCUCACUUGUGAGGUCCUGCCAGAUGUUAUCAACCCCUGCAACGGUGUUACCCGGUUCUUCCCUUAUCCCAAGGACCCCCACAAGUACAUCAUGUGCGACAACAACCAAAUUCCGUUCGUCAUGCCCUGUCCUCCAAACUUCGUCUGGGACCAGCCGGACACGACCUGCGUACCUCCAGGCUUCACCCUAUCAGGCGAUCACCCCGAGUACCACAUCGUGAUUCCUGCCACCACCCAGGCGCCUAUCGUCAUUGGCACCGGCGGCAUCGUCUCCAGAGGGUUUGCGUACCCGUGUACCCGUGAAAACAUUGCGGCAGAGAGGCUGUACUUCCCGUACGCCCCAGACGAGAACAAAUACAUCCAGUGCGACCUAUGGGGCGAUGCGUUCCUCAGGUCCUGCCAGCAAGGCUUCUACUUCUUUGUAGAGUCCAACACUUGUGUCUGAUCAGACAACAGUCGCAGGUCUUCCCAAUCUUGGGUAGAAAAAGCCGCUUGAGUUUUGUAAACUGCGUCCAACGAGUAUUUUUUUUCUACUUUUAUAUUCUUUUUAGCAAUUGCUUCGAUGUGGCAGUAGUCGGGAGGAAGUCACAGCAUUUGAUCUGAAUUUUUUUCAUGUAUUUUCUAAAUCGUCAAAAGCUUGUUCAAAACUAAAUAAUAAGCUGCUAUUACUGUAAAUAUACAAAGGGAAAGCUUGUACAGCUGAUACUAGUAUGUACACAAUGGCUGUUCUGAGUGUAGCACUGAAACUGCUUUCUUGCUUUUAGGUUUGUUUUUCUUUCUACUUUUGCUGUGCGUUCAAGAAAAAUAAAUGCAAUGCGCUCUUAAUGACAUUUCUUUCCCAUUAUGCAAACUACAAAAUGUGUUUACAUCUAGAAAUAAAUGUUAUGAAAGCAAA